AUGCAGCAGGCAAAUGGCUGUUCACAACUGAACGGGUCUAUCGAGCCCGAUGGAUACGACGAAUCGCACACUUUGAGAAAUCAAGAGUCGUUAUCUAACGGGGAGAUCAAUGGAAACGGCACAGUGGGUGAUCAGAGUAAUGCAGUGUUGUCGAAAACAGACCAAGACAUCGUCAGAUUGAUUGGACAGCAUCUCCGAGGUCUAGGAUUUAAUCAAACAGCAGAGCAGCUGAUUGCUGAGUCCGGGUGUGCUCUGGAACACCCUACAGCAGCCAGGUUCCGAGCCCAUAUCAUGGACGGUGAAUGGGAGAAGACUGAGGACGAUCUACACGACCUCGAAGGUUUGCUUAAAGGAGGCAAAGAAGAUGUAAUCAAAAUGAAAUUCCUGUUAUUAGAGCAGAAGUACCUCGAGCUGCUCGAAGAUGGGCUUCCAUUGAAAGCUUUAGACUGUCUGCGACAUGAACUCACACCACUCAAGUACAACACGGAGAGAGUGCAUGUUCUCAGCACGUACAUGAUGUGUAGCAGUGCAGCAGAACUGCGGGAGAGUUCUCACUGGGAAGGUAAAGGGCCCAUCACUCGUCAAAAACUCAUCGAGAGUCUUCAAGAAUUCCUUCCGCCUUCCAUUAUGCUGCCACCAAGAAGGUUGUUCACCUUGCUGAGCCAGGCCGUGGAGCAACAAAAAGAAAAAUGUCCAUACCACAACACUCAGUUGGAUUCAGAUCUGUCGUCGAUUUCCUUACUGAUGGAUCACAUAUGUACCAAAGAGCAGUUCCCAAACGUCACAACGCAGGUGCUCUGGGACCACCAGGAUGAAGUAUGGCAUUGCCAGUUCUCACCGGAUGGAACCAGACUUGCUACCGGCUCCAAGGACAACAAGCUCAUUAUAUGGAAUGUUGAUGUUGAUUACUUUGAGUGUCGACAUUACAAAACUCUAGAUGAACACAAAUUUGGUGUUGGGUUUAUAUCCUGGUGCCCGGACAACGUACACAUACUUGUCUGUGGGCCUGAUGAAACCAAUGAGGUCUACAUCUACAACUCUGUGACUGGAGAGGUUCGACAAAAGAUCCACCAGAACACAGAUGAUAGUUUAACAUAUGCAGCCUGGAUGCCAGAUGGACGCAAGCUUGUUGUUGGCGGAGUUCGAGGGCAAUUCUACUAUUGUGACAUAGAUGGUAACAUAAUCGAUACGUGGGAGGGAGUUCGAAUCCAAGGCCUAGCUGCACUCAACGACAAGGUGGCGCUGGCAGCUGACACACACAACCGCAUUAGGGGCUACAACUUUGAUACAUUGCAAGACUUUCCAGUAAUUCAGGAGGAUCAUCCGAUAAUGACUUUUGUCAUCGAUGACAAGAAAGAACUAGCUCUUGUUAAUGUUGCUUCUCAGGGAUGCCAUUUAUGGGAUCUGAAAGACAAAGUCCUCUUACGCAAAUUCCAUGGGCAAACUCAGGCAUUCUUCACCAUAUACUCCUGCUUUGGUGGUCUCAACCAAGAUUAUGUGGCCAGUGGCAGUGAGGACCACAAAGUGUUCAUCUGGCAUAAACGGCGGGAGACGCCAGUAGCAGUUCUGGAAGGCCACAGACAGACGGUCAACUGUGUCCACUGGAAUCCUAAAGAACCCAGCAUGUUAGCCAGCGUCUCAGAUGAUGGGACUGCCCGAAUCUGGGGGCCCAAAGAUAAACAGAGAAAAAGAAAAGACAGUUUAAACAGCUCUGGCCGGAACUCUCCAGUAUGA